AGAUGAAAUUCCCGGCCUCGGUGUUAGCGUCCCUGUUCCUGUUCGUGGCCGAGACCAUAGCAGCGCUCUACCUGAGCAGCACCUACCGCUCGGACGGGGAUCGCAUGUGGCAGGCGCUGACUUUGCUCUUCUCCCUGAUGCCCUGUGCUCUGGUGCAGUUCACGCUCCUCUUCGUCCACCGCGACCUCAGCCGCGAUCGCCCACUGGUGCUGCUGAUGCACCUGCUGCAGCUCGGGCCCCUGUACAGGUGUUUUGAAGUCUUCUGCCUCUACUGUCAGUCCAACCAGAAUGAAGAACCUUAUGUGAGCAUCACUAAGAAACGGCAGAUGCCCAAAGAUGGCCUCUCUGAGGAGGUUGAGAAGGAGGUGGGCCAGGCAGAAGGCAAGAUGUUUACCCACCGUUCUGCCUUCAGUCGGGCAUCAGUGAUCCAGGCUUUCCUAGGCUCUGCUCCACAACUGACCCUACAGCUGUAUAUUACCGUCUUACAGCAGAGCAUCACUACUGGAAGAGGCGUCAUCAUGACCUUGUCCCUGUUGUCCAUUGUGUAUGGAGCCUUACGUUGCAACAUCUUAGCCAUCAAAAUCAAGUACGAUGAGUAUGAGGUCAAAGUCAAACCCCUGGCCUAUAUCUGUAUCUUCCUAUGGAGAAGCUUUGAGAUUGCCACUCGGGUCAUCGUCCUGGUCCUCUUUACCUCUGUCCUGAAGAUCUGGGUGGUGGCAGUCAUACUUGUCAACUUCUUCAGCUUCUUCUUAUACCCUUGGAUCCUUUUCUGGUACAGUGGUUCCCCAUUCCCCGAGAACAUUGAGAAGGCCCUGAGCAGGGUGGGUACCACCAUCGUACUAUGUUUCUUCACUUUACUCUAUGCUGGUAUCAACAUGUUCUGCUGGUCAGCUGUACAGCUCAAAAUCGACAGUCCUGACCUCAUCAGCAAAUCUCAGAAUUGGUACAGGCUGCUGAUUUACUACAUGAUGAGAUUCAUCGAGAACUCUGUCCUCCUGCUCCUGUGGUAUUUUUUCAAAACUGACAUAUACAUGUAUGUGUGUGCGCCUCUGUUGAUUCUGCAGCUACUGAUUGCAUACUGCACGGGCAUUCUUUUCAUGCUUGUGUUUUAUCAGUUUUUUCACCCUUGCAAAAAGCUCUUCUCCUCCAGUGUUUCUGAGAGCUUUAGGUCAUGUCUCAGGUGUGUCUGCUGGUCCCGGGUGAGAAGAAAAUCCACUGAGAUAGUAGUAAAGGCAGAUACAGACUUAAAGUCACGCACAGAUCAAGACCAAGAUCAUAAUCAAGAUGUAACACCUUCUACCAGUAUGUUAAGUCCUGAGCCCACUGAGACGUGGAGUGCUGUUGAUCUGUGCUCUGCUUAAUGGAAUCUGGGGCUUCUUAUGAGAAAGGGAUAUUGUGUUCUGGGUUAAUAACUAUUCUUCAUACACGUAAUGAGCCCUGCACAGGGAAUACGGCAGGAAAUUAGCUGUCAACUCCUUGUGAGCUGCUGCCUUUUCUAGAGCCGUUUGAUUGGAGCCAGCUGUGGAGAGCACUAGGGAAGCCUGCUAGCCCACAGUUGGUCUCCCAGUUGACUGGGUUAGGUUCUUGCAGAGGCCUUACUGGCCAUUUCAUUGACACAGCAUUCCUGAGGUUUCAGUUGAGCUGGUCAUGUUCGUCGGAUAUAAUGAAGAGAAAUGCUUGUUUUCUACACUGUUGUCCCAGUAGCCUGAUGCUUUACUACUACUGAAUAUAGCUUUAUACAAAGGUCACCGUGAUAGUUGGAAUAGGUUCCUAGGAAUUUUACAACCUCAUUCUUAUCGUAGCUUACAGGGAGAGCUGUUUGAGUUUGUUUUAUCAGUAUGUUUCAUUUUCACCUCAUUAAGACUUUUUGUACAUAACCAGCUGUAGCCACUCCGGCAUGCCAUCUUCAUUGGUUUUAAGGGCCUAGAUGUGGGGACUUGAUUCCCGAGGAAUUUAGGAAAGCUGAGUUUCAUUCCAUAUGUGGAAGAAAUUAGGGAUCAGGAUGGACUGGGACAGUUGUUAAAAACGUCAAAAUGAUGGGAGUUUAUACAGAUAAAACUGUUAACUUCUCCAAAUGUCUGCAGAUAUGAAUUGGUUAGAAGGUAGGCUCAAUUCUCCUCAUAACUCAGUCCUGUCCUAUAAAUCUGGGAAAUUUCUAGAAGAAUUUGCUAAAAUUAAUAUAUAAAACCAAUAGUUUUCAUUCCUAUCACCUCCUUCCUCAUCUGCCAGGAAGUUUUUGUUUUUUUUGUUUUUUGUUUUUUUUUUUAACAAAAUUGAACUUAGUUCAUUUGCUGUUGUUUCUAGAAAACCCUAUAGAAAUCUUUUCCCCAAUUCAAGCAUAUAUGACAUCUUAGUUUUCAUGAUUUGAAGAAAGAAGUGUUUUCCUUGUUACCACCCCUAGUUAGAAAAGUUUUAAGUUAUAGAAAGUCGUGAGAUGAACAGAUGUUCUUCAUGAAAUGCAUUUUGACUUGACGUAAUUGUGAAUUCAUUUUAAUAAGAUCUUCAUUUUUAUCUGCUGUGAAAUUUCUCUUUAAUCUGCAACUAUUUAUUUUCCUUUGAAAGGGUCGGGUAGAAUAUUAUCACUAGUCUGAUGAAAAUGCCUGUAACCAGUGCUAGUAUUUCUAGCACUAAAAUUUGGAUAAUGAAAUGUCUAGAAACAGAUGACCAUAAAGUUUACACCAAUUUUAAAUGCGAGUUGUAGCAAAAUUUAAGAAAAUUUCAAAGGUACCUCUGUUUAUGGCUUCUAUGAGAUAGAGCAGACAUUUACUUUUCUGGCCACAUAAAUUAGUAAAACUCAUUUAUCUGGCUGUUAUACUAGUAAUGAUUUGCUUUUUAAACUCUUUUUGGUAUCAAAUUGAUGAGUAAUUUCAUAAACAUGAAAAUUAAUUUGGUAAAUAAAUUUCACUAUACUAGAGGCUUUGUAAAACAGCAAAUAUUCUUUGACAUGUCAUUCACACUGCUAAUAUUUAUGCCAUUUUAUUAUGCAUAUGCAGUAAGGUCCUAAAAUGUAGAAUGGCCAUUUUACUUUCAUGAGGUAUUUUUCCCCAUUUGUAACUCACCUGGUUUGUCAGUGUUUGUAGUUUAAUUUUAUGAGAAUCCACAGGUAGUACAUCCAUUUUGACUACUUUUAACAUAUAAAAAUGAAACUUAAGGUUGUCUAUUCUCUGUUGACCCACGUACCACUUUUCCUGUUUUUAAUAGGACAAGAUAAAGUUAGCAUACAUCAUCAAAAUGAUGCUUUAUACAAUAGAUAUUUCUCUGUACUUUGUAUAUUAAAAUAUUAAGAGCCACAAAACUGUAAUACAGGGGGAAAUGUCUUUGAAAAUAUAUAACAACUGCAGGUAAACCAAAGCUAAGAUGUUAAAGCACUCUUGUUUUGGUUAUUUCAUAAUUUAAAGUGUUCAGAAUGAAUAAUAGAGUAGGCAGUCUGUUCCUACGUCAUUCCAAAAUGCUUUCCUCUGUCAGAUCCUUCAUUCUGUUUACAGACACCAUAUGUUUUCACUCUUUCAAGUGAAAGACCAUCUUUCCUUGAAGAUUCACAGUGACUAGGGAGUAGAGGUGAUGAUAUUGUUUUCCAAUUUCGGGUUCUGCCUUGGGACUGGGACUAGAGUCAACUACCAGCUUGUCACUUACUAGGCAGAUUCAGAAUUAGACAAGGGUAAGGACACUUGUAUUUUCCCAGCCUGCUUUGGAAACAUGACCCAAAAUAUUUUUAAACUCUUAAUUUUCAAAUAUAUUGUAAGCCCCUUUACUUUAAACAGUUGGUAAACAUCUUGAAUGACCUCAAACAAAACUAACAGUGAUAAACUAACAGACAUGGAAGGCCCAAUUCAAACUUUAUAAAGACUGAUUUUUCUUUUUUAGCAAAUUAGAUAUUAUUUCAGUCUCUUGGCAUAUAGGCAUUUUCCCAGGAGCUUACUUAAUUACUCUAUAUCUCAGCUUCCUCACUCACCAAAUUAAGAUGAUAUACUUGACCAACUUACCUCACAAAUCUGUUGGAAAGAUUUCAUUAAGUAAUAGAUAUAAAAAUAUUUUUAAAAUAUUUUCAAAAUACCUUUUAAAGAGUUGUUAUAGUAUUCAAGACCAUAAACAGGUUAUUGUUUGUGUUUUGUUUUGUUAUUUACUGUCUGAAAUGAAAUAAGUAGUUUCAUCCACAUCAGUGUCUUGAGUGAACAUAUGGGUCUUUGGUCUUCUCUGCACUUACCCUCUCUUACCACCAGCUGAUUACAAAAUUUCGUGCUCAGGGCAUGUGAGAUGGCUCAGCUGGGAAAGGUGCUUGCCGCCAAGCGCAGCACCCUGACUUCCAUCCUUGGGAUCUACAGGGUGGAAGGAGAGAAACACUUUCCACCAGUUAUUGUCUGCUUUCCACAAGCACACCCUGUUGUAAACACACAGAAUCUCUCUCUUACACACACACACACACACAGACACACACACACACAGACACACACACACAGACACACACACACAGACACACACACACACACACACACACACACAUGCACGCACGCACAAUGCAAUAAAUAUUUUAAAAAUAGCCCCAAGCCCUUAGUACUUGGCAGAAAAAAAAAAACCCAGUGGAUCUGAGAAAGAGCUUCUGAUGGGAAAGAAGUUUAUUGUCUUGAUAUAUUUCAUAAAGAAUCUUUUGAUGAUUGUACAGUACAACUUGAAUGGCUUGUUCAAAGCAUUAAUUAAAUGUGAAUGUAAUUCAUUGUAGUAAAUGGGAAAAUAAGCAUUAGCAUUAAUUGUCUUGACAACACAGCAUUUCCUUGGGAUCUCUCUUACAACAUUUAGUAUGGUUGUAUGUGCCAGUACAUCUCAGCUAAUGAAUUGUGGAUAUGAACUUUUGUGGACUGCUUCUCUGAGUCACUGGCUCAAAUAUUGUUUAUGUUUCUUCAUGUAAUAAAUUAAUUUUUUUCAGUU